UGUCGAAUGAGUCAAAUGCUUUUGCCAGCGGUCUUCGUGACAAGGAAGCCUCCGCAUUCCUUCAUACACGCACGGCUUUCUGUUUCAUUUUCAUUUCGAUGAGCUACUCGUCGUCGCGCUAUUCGAGCUCCUAUUCGAGCCGCUAUUCCGAUCGUUACGGUGACUCUUCGACUCGCUAUGGUGACACUUCUCGUUACACUUCCAAAUCGGACUACUCCACUUCACUUGGGGACUCCACGUCAGCUACUGAGAAGGAUGUGAGCAGCACCGAUGAUUAUAGAACGCGCAGGUCUAAGUACUCUGCCUACUACACCUCUGCAUAUACAACAAACGAUGACUACAAGUUUAAGGACAAGAAGAACGAGGAGAAGGAGGAGGACAUAGUUGAGAAAGAUUAUACUUCCUAUCUCGACACUAAACGCGGGAAACUCAUGAAAAGCGACGAUAUUACGGAAAAAAGCAGAGAAGCCGAGGAAGAGAAACGUAUUGAUUACGGUACGGAUGAACUGGAAAAAACCACAACAGUCGUGGAGGCGCAUGUUACUACAGCAAAAGAUUAUGAAGCUGAGGACGAGAAGGUCGUAGAGGAUGCGGAAGGAGUCGUAGGAGAGGAAGAGGAUUAUGAAGUCGAGGAAGAAGUUGCUGAGAACGAGGGAGGAGAAGAAGAAGAAGGAGAAGCAGAAGAAGAAGAGGCUGUACAAGUUGUAACAAAAUCGUUCGAUCAGCUCACAGCUUCGGAAGACUUGCAACCAGUGGUUCGUGCUGGUAACGAUGAAGAUACGGAAUCCAACGAUGCAUACAAAGUAACCGUUUAUGAGGAUAAGGACCACAGCGUCGAUCUUGCAAAUCGUUCGGAGCAGGAAUACGUGAAAGAGAAGCAGAAGGAAGGACUAGAGGAAAAAGACGAGGGCAAAGCGGAACGGUCGAACAGAAUUCCUCUCGAACAGACCAUACCGAGAAAGAAAGUCUCAGAACUGAUUGCAAAGUUCAACAGAGGUAAUGUUGAGAACGAAGCAGUCAACUGGAGAUACAAAACUGAUUCUGGUAUUAGAACAGUGGGAAAAGUUCAGUCGUCAUUCUUCAACUAGACCGAUGGGUAUACCCUAAAUUCGCAUUUCAAGAAGACUUUCUGCGAUUUGACAAGCUACUUCUGCGGUGUGAAUAUUCCAAUAAAAAUGUUAGUUUAUAUCCUGAUCAUUUGGACUUUUGAACUGAAGAUAUUUUCAAUAAAAAUCGUUCG